AGGGGACUGUUUUCGCAGUGGUCAUGGUGUUCAUAAAUAUUCUCCCUUUCAACAUGCAUCACACAGUCCAGUUAUGGCAGAACCAUCAGCGACAAUGAAGCAUCAUGUCGGGCAUAAGUUCCAUGAGGUAUUUCAGCUCAAACAUGGGCGUUAUGCAGAUCUCCCUGCUUCCAAGAUUUCUGAAAUGAUGAAAUCAAACAGUUUGGAUAAUGCCCCAACUCAGUCACUUUUAAGUGUUGUAAACGGAAUUCUAGAUGAAAGCAUUGAGCGGAAAAAUGGGGAGAUUCCUCAACGAGUGGCAGGCCUUUUGAGGAAAGUUGUACAAGAGAUUGAGCGGCGAAUAUCUACUCAAGGGGAACACUUGAAAACGCAAAACAAUCUUUUCAAGGCCCGAGAGGAGAAGUACCAGUCUAGGAUUAGAGUACUUGAAGCCCUUGCAACUGGGAGUAAUCAAGAGUCACAGAUUGUUACGCCCCAGCUACAUCAUGUUACGCCCCAGCUACAUCAUAUUAAGAAUGAGCAGAGCAAAAUAGAAGAGAAAAGGAAUGUAGAAGAAAAAAGGAAUGUCGAGGAGCAGGACCUGGUUAAAACGAUAAAAGAGAAGGAUGAUUUCAGUCAUGAAAUCACAGCUUUGAAGCAAGAGCUAGAAGUAUCGAGGAAAAUGCACGAGGAACAUUGCUUACAAAUGGAAACAGAAGGUAGAGGAGUUCAACAAGAAUUAGAGAAGAAGUUGAAGGAGGUCAUGAACUUUCUAGCAGAGUCAAGAAAUAGGGUGAAGGAACUUGAGGCGUUAUCUGAAUCAAAAUCUUUGGGAUGGACCAAGAAAGAGCACAUAUACCAAAUAUUUACAGAAUUCCAACUUGGCGCACUGCGUGAACUCAGGUUUGCUUCGCAGUCAAUCAAGCAAGAAAUUGUGAAAACACAAAAAAGCUACUCAGAGGAAUUUAAUGUCUUAGGAAUGAAUGUCAAAGCUAUGCAGAAAGCAGUUCAAAGCUAUUAUGCAAUGCUGGCUGAAAAUCAAAAGCUACACAAUGAGCUCCAAGAGCUAAAAGGAAAUAUCAGAGUUUAUUGUCGUAUAAGGCCAUUUCUCCCGGGUCAGAGAGAAAAGCAGUCAACCAUUGAAUAUGUUGGUGAAAAUGGAGAACUCAUUAUUGUAAAUCCUGCCAAACAAGGAAAAGAAAGUCGUCGUUCAUUCAAAUUCAACAAGGUUUACAGUCAAGCUGCUACACAAGCUGAAGUAUUUUCAGAUACGCAGCCAUUAAUACAAUCAGUUUUGGAUGGAUAUAAUGUGUGCAUAUUCGCUUAUGGCCAGACUGGAUCAGGGAAAACCUAUACUAUGACUGGACCUGAUAAAGCAUCUGAAGAUGAAUGGGGUGUUAACUACCGAGCCUUAAACAAUCUGUUCCAAACUUCUCAGAAUAGAGAGCACGCAUUUUCUUACGAAAUUUCUGUUCAGAUGGUGGAAAUAUAUAACGAGCAAGUCCGUGACUUACUCUCAAGUGAUACUUCCCAAAAGAGACUUGGGAUUUUGUCAGGCUCCCAACCAAAUGGGUUAGCGGUCCCAGAUGCAACCAUGUACCCAGUUAAAGCGACAUCUGAUGUAUUGCACCUGAUGGAUGUUGGACUGAAGAAUAGAGCUAAAGGUUCCACAGCACUAAACGAAAGAAGCAGUCGAUCACACAGCAUCCUGAGUAUACAUGCUCGUGGGGUAGAUCAGAAAACCCGAUCUUCUAUGCAGAGUAGUCUUCAUCUAGUGGAUCUUGCGGGAAGUGAAAGAGUAGACCGCAGUGAAGUCACAGGUGAUAGAUUAAAGGAGGCACAACACAUAAACAAAUCAUUGUCUGCCCUUGGAGAUGUCAUCUCUGCUUUGGCACAAAAGAGUCCUCAUAUUCCAUAUAGAAAUAGCAAGCUCACUCAAGUCCUUCAGGGCUCGUUGGGUGGAAAUGCGAAGACUCUCAUGUUUGUGCAACUUAACCCUGAAGUUAAUUCUUAUUCAGAAACUCUAAGUACCUUGAAAUUUGCUGAAAGGGCAUCUGGAGUUGAGCUAGGUGCUGCUAAAAGCAGCAAAGAUGGCAGGGAUGUUAGGGAAUUGAUGGAGCAGGUUGCAUCCCUAAAAGACACAAUUGCGAAGAAAGACGAGGAAAUUGAGAGAUUACAACUCCUCAAGGAUCUCAAAAAUGUGUACGCUGGAGCCAAUAAUGAUGCAAAUUCACUGAGGUAUGGGACUCCUCAACGAAGCAUGAAAUUAUCUGGUGAGGAAGGCUCAGGACUAAUAGAGAAAGCAGCUUCUGAUGAAGAUAACUCAGAGGAAACUGAUGGCUCAGUGGAAAGAAGUCCCCUUGCUGAAGGAGCAAGGCGAUCUGAGAAUAUUGAUAAAUUGAAAAUAGUAGUUAGAUCACCUAGAGCAGGAGAAAAAUCACCAAAGGAGUCUCCAAGAGUCUCAACUGGAUUGAAGAAAUCAGCCAGUGGAGCCAAUUUAUCACCUAAACCUCCCACUCCCAGAAGGUGGCAAUGAGAGGAAGCAAUUUUACAAAAUUUCAAUUUGAUUCAAAUGUACAGUUUGGUCACUAACUUUUUUAACUUUUUUAUGCCUUUGAUGAAGAAUCCUUGGCCAGUGCCUUGUGCUGGCAGUUUUGCAUCUCUUAUUUUUAGUUAGGACGUUCAGCUCAGAUUGUAAGGUUCAUAAAAGCUGUAGGACUUCUUUCUCUCCAAGUAUACAUAACAAUGCUAGCAAAGGAGUUGUUACAAGAAAGCUCUACAUUUAUUAAUAUAUCAAGAUAAAUUA